ACGACGGCGCGCGCGCGCACCAGGUGUGUGUGAGCUCGAGACACGCAUGCUGCUGGGACACUGACGAUUCACUCUUCACGUCUCCAUUUUCUACCGGGACUCCAGCAAAAUUAGCCCCCACCCUCCCUCUCAGGGAAGCGUCACGAGCCCCCUCACCCCCGCCCCGUCCUCCACAGAGCAGCAUCCGCGCGCGCUGGAGGCGGAGGGCAGCAGCGGGCAGCAGCGGGAGAGCGGGGCGCCGCUCCGGGAUGAGGACGGCUCUGCUCCAUGUCUGAAGCUCCUGGAGGUUUCCUCUGCGGCGGUGGUGUGAACGCGCGGCGUGCACACGCGGACCAGCACCUCGCAGACGCUCCGUCGUGACGCAUCCGAGCGUUUUCUGACUUCCUUCGCGGAAACAGACGAGGAUCUGUUGGCUUUUUCGCGCCUCUGCCAGCCCGGAGUUUACGAUGACAGCCACCAAGGAGCCGCCGAACCAGAGGCCGAACCAGGCGCCGCAGGAGGAGGAUCUGGGUGGAGUGAGUCCUCCUCAGAGAAACUGGAAGGGGAUUGCCAUCGCGCUAUUGGUCAUUCUGGUGGUCUGCUCCCUGAUCACCAUGUCUGUCAUCCUGCUGACACCAGUGGACAGCCAAGCUGGAAGCGACACUAAACUGACUGUGGAGGAUCUGUUCCGACCUGAAUUCAAAGUUCAUGAUCCAGAAGCCAAAUGGAUCAAUGACACAGAAGUCAUUUUCAGGAACAGCGAUGGCCACGUCAUCAAAUUCAGUGUCCGCACAAACGAAACGGAGAUCAUCCUUCCAAACACAACAUUUAUCAAUUUCAGCGUGGACCAGUACUCUGUGUCACCUGACCUGAAGUAUGUCCUCUUUGCAUACAACGUGAAACAGGUUUACCGCCAUUCCUACAUGGCGUCUUACAGCAUCUACAACAUCCAGACACGAGAGGUUUGGGAGCUGAAUCCUCCAGAAGUGGCAAACUCCAUUCUGCAGUACGCUGCAUGGGGAGUUCAAGGCCAGCAGCUGAUCUAUAUAUUUGAAAACAACAUCUACUACCAAUCUGAUGUGGAGAGUAACUCACUGAGACUGACAUCGUCUGGAAAAGAAGGAGCUAUUUUUAAUGGGAUCACCGACUGGCUUUAUGAAGAGGAGGUCCUGCAGUCCCAUGUGGCUCACUGGUGGUCUCCUGAUGGGGAGAGGCUGGCUUUUUUGGUUCUCAAUGACACUCUUGUGCCCAACAUGGUUUUGCCGCGCUUCACUGGGACCACGUACCCAAAAGGAAAGGAGUACCCCUAUCCAAAGGCUGGCCAGCCAAACCCAGCCGUGAAGCUCUACGUUGUAAAUCUCUACGGGCCGACGCACACGCUGGAGCUGAUGCCCCCAGAGAUGCUCAAGCUGCGGGAGCACUAUAUAACCAUGGUUAAAUGGAUCAGCAAGACCAAGGCGUCUGUGAGGUGGAUGAACCGGUCCCAGAACAUCUCCAUCCUGACCGUGUGCGACACCACAACCGGAGCCUGUGUCACGAGGCAUGAGGAAAACUCUGAGCUCUGGCUUUCCAAGCAGAACCAAGACCCCGUGUUCUCCAGAGACGGCAACAGAUUCUUCCUGACUGUCCCUGUCAAACAGGGAGGACGUGGAGAGUUUCAUCACAUCGCCAUGUUCACCACCCAGUUCAGAGCAGACCAGAAUGAAGUUCGACAUCUAACUUCUGGAAACUGGGAAGUGACCAAGAUCAUCUCCUAUGACGAGAACACGGACAACCUGUAUUUUCUCAGCACGGAGGGCUCACCACGCCGACGGCAGCUUUACAGUGUCAAAACUGUGGGUCUGUUUCCUCGCCGCUGUUUGACCUGUGAGCUGAACAAAGCUCAGUGUCUGUUCUUGGAUGCAGAUAUCAGCCCUGCACAGCAGCAUGUUCUCCUCCACUGUAGAGGUCCAGCUGAACCGACUGUUAUCUUACACAGCUUCAACAACUCAAAUUACAUCAUCCUUGAGAACAACUCUUUGUUGAGGGCAACCUUGAAAUACAAACGGAUCCAACGGACUCACUUUGAAAUGGUUCCAGUGGAAAGCUUUGACUUGCCUUUAAAGAUUUCGUUCCCUCCAGACUUCUCAGAGUCGCGGCACUACGGACUACUGUUGGUGGUUGAUGGCGCCCCUGGUGGUCAGGCGGUGAGUGACAGAUUCUCUCUCAGCUGGGACUCGGUCCUGGUCAGUUCGGACAAUGUGAUCGUGGCUCGUCUGGACGGCCGGGGCAGUGGCUUUCAAGGCCAGAGGGUUCUGCAUGAAGUUUACCAGAGACUGGGAACUGUUGAUGUUCAGGAUCAGAUCGCAGCAGUGGAGUUCAUGACCAAAUUUCCUUAUAUUGACACAACACGGAUAGCAGUUUUUGGACAGGGUUAUGGAGCCUACCUAACACUGAUGAUGCUGAAGUCUACUGACAGCCUCUUGAAGUGCGCAUGUGCCAUGUCUCCAGUCACAGACUGGAGACUGUACGCGUCAGCCUUCUCAGAGCGCUACCUUGGCAUGCCACUACAGGACGACAACAGAUACCAGUUCUCCAGCCUGCUGCAGAAUGUUCAAGCUCUCAGGGAACAAACGCUGAUGCUCGUGCACGGCACAGCGGAUGCCAACAUCCACUUUCAGCACACUGCAGAGCUGGUCAGGAACCUGGUGAAAGUGGGAGCAAACUACUCCAUGCAGAUCUACCCGGAUGAGGGCCACUUCCUGUCCCAGCAGAGCCGUAAGCAUCUCUACACAACGCUCACCAGCUUCUUCAGGGAAUGUCUAAAAGAGGAGCUGCUACCACUGUCCGACGAGGAAGAGGAGGAGGAGGAGUAACCAUCAGACUUUAGGUGUCACACCUGGAGAUUUUGGAGUUUUACAAAAAUCCCUCAUGGCCUUUUGCAUUUGGACCAAUUCUUUAGUCAGAAGUGGACAUGGCGAAGGAGCUGCUAAUACUCUUACAGCGUUUGUGUAUGCGAGUGAGAGAGUCUGUACGAGUGUAUUUGAGGGGGGUAUGUGUAUGUGAGUCCGUUAAUUAAUGAAUUCAACUUAUAUUCAUUUUGCAGAGGAGAAAUUCACCCAUCAUGGCAGCUCAAAGGAAAAACAAGUAACAAAUCACAGAUUACCAAAUACGCCAAACAAACAUAUAGGUAAGCUUAGGUAAGAUAAAUGGAUGAAUUUGAUGACCUGGUCCUGCAGAGGGGUCGUGCAGCCUAAUGGCCGGGGAAAUGUCUGACCUGUGGUUCCUACGUUGGGGUUUUAAAUUAACUUCUCAGUCCCUUUCCAGCGGGCUGCAGUGACUCAGAGCUGUUGUUCAUGAUAGAUCUGAGUUUGGUCAGCAUCCUCCUCCACAGAGCAGCCCAGGACCAACAACAGCGUCCCACAGUCAUACAAAGUCCUGCGCAGAGGUCUCCUCACGCUGAAGGACUUCAGUCUCCUCAGAAGCUGGAGGCCACUUUGGUCAUUGUGGGACCAGUCCAGUUUGUUGUUGAGGUGAACACUCUGGUACUUGAAACUGUUGUUUCCCUGGAUGUUCAGCGGUGUGUAGGCCACCGUUCUUCCUCUUCAGAAGUCAACCACCAUCCUUUUUGGUCUUGCUGGUAUUGAAGCACAGGUGACGCUCUCACAGCAGCUCACAAAGUUCCUGAUGGUUGACCGGCACUCGACAUCAUCUCCUUCAGACACACCGCACACAGCUGGUGGUGUUUUACAUGAAGUCCAAAGUGUAGAGGGUGAAGCAGAACGGUGAGAGCACGGUUCCUUGGAGGGCUCCACCUCAGACACACUCUGGUUCAGACACAUCUUGUGGACGGUUGGUGAGGUAGUCCAUGGACCAUCUCACGAACCGACCGUUGCGGCUUACCUCGCAGCAGUCCUGCAGGAUGAAGAAGUCAGAAACACGACUGUCACAGCGUCUCUGGGUGAGUCGGUGUCCAGUGCGGCAGGCGGACGUCAGCGUCCUCCACCCUGAUGUCUGGCCUGCAGCCAGACUGCAGCAGCUCAGUCGUGGUGCUCAUCCCAUUGUGGUGAGCACCACGACUCACGGCGUGUAUGUGUGUGAAUGGGUGGGUGUGUUGUGAGUGUAAACGUUAAGAGAUCACUAAAGGACACAUCAGCCAAACGUGACUGGAUUUGAGGUAGAAACUGGACUUGAUCGGCUGCCAUUUCAGAAUGUUAUUUCUGAGAAAGCACACUGAAGAUGACUUCCCCUUUUGUAGGCUCUAGAUUGUACUUAUUCACAUUUAACCAAAUGCAUGUUCAUCCACUCACCUGUUUGUUAGAUAUCAGGAGCAAACGUGGACACUUUAUCCCUCCCCCUCUCCCUCUUUUGGCUGCAGUGCUUGAUCUGUCGCUGUAACCACUAGAAGUGCAAUCCCCUCCCUCUCAACAUCGCCACCCUAAACGUUAACGGUCUUCAGGUUCAUGCAAUGUUGCAAAAGGAUUCAACAUGUACAUUUUUACUGUUAGGUUUUGUCAGAGUUAUUGACUCUUUCAGCUCCAAACAAAGCACUGCAGUCUAGAAGAGACUUUCACAGCAAAGAGUUUCUGCCUGUGUAUAAAUAUGUUGACUUCUUAGUGAUAGACUCUGAUGAUCACUCAGUUAUGAACUAUGCUGCAGAGUUCUCUGUCUUAACAUGUCAUUUAGACAUACUUUGAUAAAGAAAGUGAGGAGUUUUUGGAUUGUUUUCCACUGCAAAUCUGUCUAAAGAGUCUUUGCUUUUAAACAAUAAUUAGUGAAUAUAUUUGAGAAAUAAAUGAAAUAGUUGUGACUAAGUGGACCACUCUACAGUGUUAGUAGGACCCUUGCAUGUCUCACAUUUGUACAGUGCAACAGAAUGUGGACAUAGAUAUAUUUUCAGGAUGUUGGAUCUCAUAGAAAGUUUACACUCUAAGGAAAGACUGAUUGAAUUUUGAUUUAUUGUAAAUGUUUCUUAGUUGACAUAUUUAUUUUAUUUGGUUUAAAAUUCUAGAAUGGAUUUUGUAAUUUUUGCUCUUCUUUUUUCUGUUUUAAGGGAAACAGUUGGGGUUAAAGUCUGGAACUAAUGUGAUUGUCCUCUUAUAGUGGCGAUUAAAAAUAAUAAAAAAUACACAAGUAUAUGAAAAUAUGAUGGAGUAUGUAGCACAACACCAAACAGAAUGCUACACCUUGAAGACUAUUUCCAAACACUUCACAAUAUAAAUAUAUUUUUCACCUUUGUUUGUCAUAAUAAAGAAAUGAGAAAAUGAAGUUCAUGUCAAAAAUGUUUUGGGAAAAUAUGUUGGAUGUUUAAGCCUGUGUUUCAUGAAGCGGACCUGAACUCAUUUGUCAAACCCAAUUUUGUUCAUGUGACUUUUGGAAAAGAAAACACACAAAUAAUAAAAAGAGUUCAUCAUAUUUCAAUUCAAUUCGUUAUAUUUCAUCAAUCCUGAGGGAAACUCAUUGUUUUUCAGUCCCGCUUGAAAUACAACUUGAUGUAAGACUGAGAGUGAAAGCUGUUCAUGUUUGGAAACAUUUUUAAAGUCGGCAAAUGUUUGUUUUAAAAUAUUCUUGAGACUAAUUUUACGAUUUGGUUCAAUGUUGGUUCAACAGCCACACUCCUUUACAUGAGGUUUUCCUUUUGGUACUUUGAGGUCAUGGAAUGAUGCAGUGGAUGUAAAAGCACAGCAAAGAUGUUCUUGAGAGAAAAUGGGCUAUAAACAGCAGAAGAUGCUUUAUGUUUAAUGUUCAAGUUCAUAAACAGCUUUAAAAGUUUUAAAAUAAACCUAACAGAGUUGUGUU